AGUCGAAUCGCUUUGUCAGUAAAGACUCCUCAUGUUUCGUGAUAUUGAUUUUCAGCAGUUUCGAGACUCUUCACAUCUGGCAGAGAAAUAAAAGGUCCCGUUAUUGUUUUUCCCCUCUCGCUUUUCACCGAAGAAGCAGCUCAUCAAGCAAAGUGACAAGUGGAUGAUAAAAGACUUGGUUAGCGCAAUUCCUUAUCCACCCUUGGUCCGCGUUCCCUUGUCCCUUGUCUCGUCCCAUCUAAAGUGUCAACAGGCUGUUUUCUUCUUGCAGUCACUGGCUGUCUGUGUAUGGAGUUGAUUUGGAGUUAGUUUUAUCAUGUCCAGGUUGAGGGGCCACGGCCUGAAAACUCCGCAUCAUUCAUUGAUUCUCAAUUUCCCACGAUGAAACCGAGGCCGGCCUUCAAACGAAGUCUUGUUGACAAGCUUGUGUCAGUUUUCGCCAAUGAGAAACUUCACUGGCACCCCAGGCACGAUCAACUCAGCGCCACGUAUCUGUGGCUGCUGUUGUAAGUUGCCCAUCAGGGAGGGCAUGGCUUAUUAGCUUGAGAUUCACCUUAGCGGCAUAGAAAUAUUCAGGUCUACGACCCAGAGAGGUUACAUGGCUGUGUAGGUAUCAUUCCCUGCGAUUUGAAUAUUCUGUUGUUGGCUUCCAACUACCAUGUUACGGGCGAGAGGAGAGAACAUUGAGAGGCUGGAUGAUUUCAGGAUCUUCGAACCCUAUCUAUGACCAUCAAUUUAGUGCCGCGGCUAGGAGUGGCUUUCUUUUGCCUUUGCUGUUGGCAGCUCUGUGGUUGACCAGCCUCUCAUACUCUUAUCACGAGGGCUCUUGUUGCUGGCAUUCGCUGAGCUAGGAGGGAGCGCGGAGGUUGCCCAGGCUUGCAGAAUUCUGGACUCUUUUAGCGCCCCUGCAGCCACACGCGGAUGGCUAACGUUACUAGCCACCUUUUAACUUCUCCUCUCCUCAACUGCUGCCAAGGUAGCCGUUCAGGCGUUGUCAUCGAGCUACGCGUACAGUGUAUGAUAAGAAUAGAUUUGAGUUGGACUGGCUCUUACGCGGCUAAAACCAAUGGCUUCAAGUUUGUUCCAGUUCAUGUCUGCCGAUAUUCCGCAAGAGCAGUACUCCUUUUCUAAGGCACAACAUGGUGCCGUUUUUUCCGUCUCCAUCAGAGAGUAAUCACGGUCUUAUAUGAGUAUCUCGUUGCAUUCCCUAGCAGCUCGGCACGAUUUUCCGAGUUCCAGGUGGUUUUCUGUCAUAUCUAAGACAACACAUUCAUUCGUCAUCAUGGAAUAUUCAUAAACAACACCAACUUUCGAGUCUUCGGUUUUCAUAUGGUUCAACUGGGCUCCUUGUCGCCCCUUUUUCUGGAAAACUCGGAGCUCGCCUUGGGCUAGAGGGAUGUUCGUUUCUGUUGUUAGAUAAAUUCCAUUGAAUCUUUGGGUUUUGAUGUCGAAAUUGAGUACUGUCAUAGUCUAUCAGCUGUGUCGUCAAUGAUACACCUAAGCCCAUCGCCCAACUGUUCCUGGUCUAAGAGUGGAACUCUUCCAUUGUUCAGCUUGGAUGUUUUAAGAUUAUAUAAAAUCAAAGGUCAGACAAGGCAGGAGAUGGCGUUUCUAUCAAUCGGAGAGGACAUACCGAUAUCUUACGUUCAGAUGGAUGCGGGUAGCUGGAUCCAGGGUAGUUGACUUCAUUAGUACUCCACCAAAAUGCGAAGCUCGGAAUCAGUGGGGGUGGAGAGCUCCCCGUCAAGUAACACGGUCGGGUCCCUGCAUGAUGAUCUCAGCUCCUGAACUCCAUUGGUUAAUAGCCCAACCUAACAACUCCAACUUCAACUACCUACCUGGGUACUCACGGCCCUUAGGACCUGUGUCUGCCCGUCAAUCAAAAGCUCUCUGCCCUACGAUACAGGUUUUAUGAGUUAUGUUCCGACAAAAAUAAGGGCCUUUGUUUCUCUUCCAUGCAACUCUCGAAUGAAAUCUGAAGCCGCACAGCAGCGCUCGAUGCACACCAACUGCUGCUGACCCCUCCAUUUCCUCUCCUUCCCACAAUCAGCCAACUCCAUCAGCAGAACCAUAAAGACAUUGCCUAUCAUGAAUCGCCUACCACGCGAACUAAUCGAUGCGAUACUUCAGCAAUGUAUUGAAUAUGGCCCCAAGAAUGCAGUCCUCGAUCUUCGGCUCGUUUGCCGCGUCUUUGACCAGAUCCUUAAGCCGUUCGCAUGCCGGACUCUGGACCUGGAAUUCUCGCGCCUGAGCAAGACCAGCGGUAUAGAACACCCACAAAUAGACGCACUCCAGACGAUAGGAUAUCAUUGCAAGAGCCUCUACAUUGACCUGAUGGUUCUGAGAGAUGACCUGGAAGUCGAGUUCCUUGACACCGUAUUUGCACGAGUCCCGUCCAUGGCGGACUUUUGUCAAACACUACACAAAAAAUACUGCAUGAAUGAAACAUCUUUCACGGAGACGGAUUACUAUCAGAAGGUCGAGGAAAUGCUAUUCUACUGCCGUGACGUUGACCGUCUACGACUUAACCUCCCCUUCCAGCUCGUCGGCCGCCAUUGUAACGCCGCCACAAUGAUCCUGGCCAACACACUGAAAGCCUUUGCGCAGCGACCCGAGGAAGACUCAGCGAAGCUCAAUACACUCGUCGUAGAGAAUGUGACCGAUGUAGCCAUACGCCACCUCUGGAUGAACCCGAUCGACGUGAUGAACAUCAUGAAAGUCUUGGAGGUGCUGGAACACCUCGUCUUGACGUUACGGCGACACGAGAACGAGCCCAUAACCGUGGGAUUAUUCGGAUCCUGCCUUUGGAACCUUGUCGAGAACGCGGGAGAGCUCAAGAGUCUCUGCUUGAUAGGGAUGGACCACGACGAUCGCCCACCACGAGGGUUAAAACAGACGAAAUUCUGGCAGAUGCCUGUUGACGAGUGGCGCGCAAAGUCAUUACCGGCGCCUAACGUCAUACACUCUAACCUCACAUGUUUGGAGCUCAAACGGAUCGAGUUGUGCCCAGAGGUAUUUGUCCGUACUGCGGAAAAUUUUGGGACCACACUUCGAGAGCUUUAUUUGAACGAAGUAUAUCUUAAGGUUGAGCAAUCGCGCGACUGGAACGAGGAUUCUAAGAAAAUCCUUUGGGUCGGCAUGCCCAACCAACGGCCAGGGGAUGACUGCCAUUGGAUUGCUAUGGCGCUGAGAUGUGCAACACCACAUCUGAGAAUCUGCCGAGCAUCUUUCCUGGCUUAUGAUCACUACAUGCUCGAAGAAAUGCCCACACAGCCAGAGUUUGACCUUAUUGACCCCUGUGGUCUUGGUCGAAGCAUCUCUCAACGCUUUGUUGAAGUGGUCAUGGGAAUCCGCCAACCUACGGCUCUUACUAAAGAUGCAGUUGAAUACCUUCCUGCGGACGCUCUGUUCGACAGUCUUCUGAACAACCUACUCCCACGGAAUCGUGCCCUGAGAGUGGUUGAAUACGAUACUAAUGCGUACCAGACGGCUGUUGCCAACUCAACGUCAGAGUGGCAACGCAGCAUCGAUGGCGUGUUCCCAAAUUGCAACUCCAACACUCUCGAUGAAUUACAUUUUAUCGCUGAGACGGCAUGUGAAGGCAUGAGUGAGAUACAUCGGCGUCGCAACGAGUGGUCUGCCGAGAAUAGUAUGGCAAACGAGUUCACGGAAAACUUGUUUAAUAUCCCACCUUCUGACGACGAACAUAUUUAAUGACGAUUCGGGGUCACCUACUUCACGACGAGAUAUCACGACCCAUUGGUUAUAGACAACUUCGAGAAAUCGAAAUAAUAUUCUUCAGGUAGCUUGUCAUUCAAGCCUCAAUAACAAAGAGAUGCGAUUUGCAUCAGUUUUGACCAUAGCCGCUGUAUAAAUGCCAACCCAGGGGGGCCUUGAAUGAAGCACGCCCCUAUCUUUUUUAUUUGCUUUUGGAGCAUCUUUAAACAAAGGAAAUAAUUCUCAUAACAUGUCAUCAUAGAUCAUCUUCUUCUAAAUAAAGGAUAAACCGAGUGGGAAAAACCAUUAGGACAUGGGCCUAGGAGCCGUUGAUGCCAUUUCCGUUGCCGUUGAAACCAUUGGUCUUGGCCGCGGAUGUAGCCUUCUCGAGGGCCUGGAGAACGUCAUUGGUAAGGUCCUGGGCGUCCUCAACACCGCAGCUGAUGCGGACAAGGUCGUCGAAAAUACCGACAGCCUCACGCUGAUCUCGAGGGAUACCGGCAUGAGUCAUGCUGCUGGGAACUUCGACCAGACUCUCAACACCACCAAGACUCUCAGCGAGAGUGAAGAUCUUCGUCACCUGGCAGAAACGCUCAGCGGCAGCGUGACCACCCUGGAUGCGGAAUGAGAGCAUGCCGCCACCCAGACCAUCACGAUGCUGCUUCUUGGCGAUAUGUCGGUGAGGGUGAGAGUCAAGACCGGGGUAGUUGACGGCAAUGACCAGAGGAGAAGCCUCGAGAGCUCGGGCUACAGCGUCAGCGUUGCGGCUGGCCUCACGAGCUCGCAGAUGCAGAGUCUUCAGACCACGGUGAGCAAGCCAGGAGUCAAAUGCUGAGGGUACAGCGCCAAUGGCGUUCUGAAGGAAGCUCAGACGGUUCUUGAGCUCGUCGCUGUUGAAAGCAGCAACACCCAUGACCACAUCACUGUGACCGUUGAUAUACUUGGUGACACUGUGGACAACGAUGUCGGCACCGAAAUCGAGCGGGUUCUGGACGUAAGGGGAGAGGAAAGUGUUGUCAACAACGACGAGGACACCGUGCUUGUGGGCUUCAGAAACAACAGCUCGGACAUCGACAAGGCGCAGGGUAGGGUUGCUAGGACUCUCGAUCCAGAUCAGACGGGUAUCGGGGGUAAUGUGCUCGCUGAUAUCGACCUCGAUCUCUGGUGUGAAGGUCACCUUGACGCCGUGGGCCUUUGCGACCUGAGUGAAGUAUCGGUGGGUACCUCCGUAGACAUCGGAGACGGAGAUGACAUGGCUGCCGGCAGCGAGACUCUGGAGGAUAGUGGCGGUGGUGGCGGAACCGGAGGAGAAAGCGAGGGCGUACUUGGCGUGCUCGAGAGCAGCAACAGCGGUCUCGAAGUUGGUACGGUUGGGAUUGGAGGAUCGGGAGUACUCAUACUCGCCAACGGGCUUGCCAACGGCGGACUGAGCAAAUGUAGUCGACAGAGAGAUGGACUCAAUCACGGCGCCGGUAGCGGGGUCAUGUGGAGCGCCGGCGUGGACGGCGAGAGUACCGAAGCUGUGGACGGGGGACGGAGGGCGAGGUGGGGUGGCCACAGGGUCCGAGUUGAGAGGAGCAGCCGACAUUGUAGCUGAGGAUUGACUGAGGGUGUGAAAGAGAGAGGAGAGGGGUAUAAUUGAGCCUCGAUAAGGUCUAUACGAGGUAGAAGAAAAGCUGAAGAAAGUUGGCGAGUUGAGGUGAAGUAAGGAAGAGGUUGAGGUGGGAUGGAUGUGGUGACAGAGACGUUAAUAUAGAUAUAAACUCUGGGCUCUAGCGACAAGCAAGUGGAGGUCCAGGCGGGGCUGAAGGGUAAAAAAAAGAGGGAAAAAAGCCUUUCUUCCCUUGUUCCUGUGUUGCCCUGGUCUGUUGUGUAAUGUAAUAGGUAUGGGGAACGUGAGAGGGGACCCUUUUUAUAUCAGAGCUAGGUACCUUAGCUACUGUAUGCAAUCCUGCUGCGCCAAGUUACAGAGAAACAAAGGGAAGCCUCGGUUUGACGCGAUCCAGGGUCGAGAUGAUGCGCAAAAGGCGGAGGGCGUAGAGUUUAGUCCUGAAGGAGCAAUGUCGUGUCGUCGAUAAUAAAACAGACAGAAAGUCUCAGAGGUCUAGAGCAGGUGGGUUUGAAACCUUGACGAUCACGUCACAGCAGCCUCUUGAGCAAGGGAUCGAGAGUUUUAAGAGUCAAAAAGACAAUGAUGAGAUGUCAACUUGUCGGGGAAAUUGACUCAAUAUAUUAAUAAUUUAUGGUUCAGAGAG